CGCAUUAUCAAAGCUAUAACUUACAGUUACUUGUUUUUCGCAAUACUUUUUGCACGUUUUUUGUCGUCUUAGUGCUCGUGAAAAAUUGUUUAGUAAAUUAAUAUAAUGGAACGCUACAACCGUGUCUAUAGAGAUCCCGCAUCUCCACUGGCCCCAUUAACUCCGCGCACCACCGAAACUUUUACAUUUGACGAAGUCACGCCCACUGGGGGCAGCGUUAGGAGGGGUUCCACAAAAUAUGGACUUUUUGGAAUCCCUAAGGCCAAUAAUCUUACGGUUCCAUCACCACGACCAACCUCAGCUUCGAAACAUUUACCAAAUGCUAGUCUGCCGCCUCGGCGUUUUUCACAAAAAUUCAUGCGCACACGAUCCGUAUUUUCGCCAACAAGUCAAAGUACCCUACUCAAUGGAGGAACAACCACUCUAUCAGGAGAAUCCUGCAUUCCUGUAGAUCCAAGAUUGCGUACCAAGAGUGAGGCCAGGUCGAAACCGGAUAUCCGGCAGCUGCAGGAAACGCGGAUGAGGCAUGAAGCAUUGAAGUUGAAAAUGGAGAGGUCUAAGAUUAAAUCGGAGGACCCCAAAAGUCCCAUGCCACGUAUCAUUCAUCCACGCUUUAAACCCAGCUCCCCGGUGGAGCACCCCAAUUUGAGUCCCCGUGUAAAAUCCCUGCUCGAUCGCACUGGUAAUGAACAACUCACGGAGCUGUUCACCCGCCAGGAGAUCGACAUCGAGGUGCUCAUCCAUAUGACCCUGGAGGAUUUGGCAGCACUGGGCGUCCGCGGCGCUCGGGAGGUCAGAUUGGCCUUAAGCAUCAUCCAACUAGCCAAGCAGUUCUUUUAAUUUUUAUAUCACCCAUAACAUCAUGUGAAUUUUUCAAUGUUUUAUGUCAUGUGAAAUUUUAAUUUGUAUGUGAGAUUUUAAUAAAUGUUUAAUGUGGUCAUA